AUGGCGAAAGACUGGGUUGAGCUUAUUAAGGAUCCAAUUCAUUUGACCGGUAGUGAACAACGAGUAUUCCAGAACUCACAGUUACCUGCAGUAAACGAUGCACUUACAGUAACUUUCCGAAUAAAACUCAAGUCUCAUACUAACGAUUGGGGUACUGUUUGUCACAAAGGUACCGGCGACUACGAUCGCACUCCCGGAAUUUGGCUAUCAGGUGGCUCAUCCCACUUGCAUGCUCGUUUCACUGGCAACUACUAUAACAAUGCAGGGAUUGACUCGGUCGAAGGCGGACUUUUGUUAGGCAAAUGGUACCAUGUAGCAUAUACACUCUCCGAUACCGAAAAGAGGUUAGACGUCUACGUUGAUGGUGAAUGGCGUGCAUUUGCUGCUAUCGUCAACGUUCGCACGGAGCAAGUAAUUUUCAAUGAAGGGCCGUUGUACGUUGGACGCGCUUAUUCUUGGAAUUCCUUUAAUGGCGAAAUCAGCAAUUUUCGUUAUUUCAAUUGGCGCUUAACUCCUGAAGAAGUCAAGAAAGAUUCCUUGGGUGAGACCCCGCAAACAAAGAAAGCACAUGUAGAAGCAGCUCCACGAGCUGCCCCAACUCCAGCACAUUCAACAACGCCAGCACAUUCAACACCGCAAGCACAUUCAACACUACCGGCACAUUCAACACCGCCAGCACAUCCACCACCAGCACAUCCACCGUCAGCACAUCCAAUAUCGCCAGUAACAUCGCCACCGCCAUAUCCACCGGCAGAUCCAUAUGCGCCGCCGACAGUUCCAUAUGUGGCACCGCCAAAUCCUUAUCCACAGGCAACUUCAUACCCACAGGCGAAUCCAUAUCCACCGCCGGCAACUCCUUAUCCGCCGCCGCCGCCAAAUCAAUAUCCACCAUCAGCAACCCCUUAUCCACAGCCGACAAAUCAAUAUCCACCACCACCCAACCCAAAUCAAUAUCCGCAAGGAAACCCACCGGGCGGUCAAUAUCCUCUGGGUUUCUUUAGAUAA